AUGGCAGCAUCUCUAUUCUCACUCAAUGGCAGGACUGCCCUCGUCACCGGUGGCACACGAGGCAUUGGCCAGGCCAUGGCCAUUGCCUUAGCCGAAGCCGGCGCCGACAUUAUUCUGGUUCAGCGAGAUGAAUCCAAUACCGCCACCAAGGAUGAGAUUGUCAACCGUCUUGGUCGUAAGGCCUAUAUUCAUGUCGCCGAGCUCUCGGAUCGAAAGGCCGUCAAAGAUAUUGUACCUACAUUGGUCGGUCAAGGACUCAAGCCCGAUAUUCUAUUGAACUGUGCUGGCAUCCAGCGAAGACACCCGAGCCACCAGUUUCCCGAUGAGGACUGGGAUGAGGUCCUUGAGAUCAACCUCACAUCUGUCUUUGUACUCUGCCGUGAAUUUGGUGCCUACCUACUUGCACGCGAUGCUUCCGAGUUCCCCUCGGGUCGCCGCGGUUCUAUUAUCAACGUUGCCUCUCUCCUCACAUUCCAAGGUGGCAUCACCGUACCCGCGUAUGCAGCCUCAAAGGGCGGUAUUGGACAGCUCACCAAGGCACUCUCUAAUGAGUGGCUCAGCAAGGGUAUCAAUGUCAAUGCUAUUGCACCUGGAUACAUUGAUACUGAUAUGAACGUUGCCCUCAUUAAUGAUCCCGACAGGAAUGCUGGCAUCAUGGCCCGCAUUCCCGCUGGCAGGUGGGGUAAGCCCGAGGACUUCAAGGGCGUAGUCGUCUUCCUAGCUAGUGCCGCUAGCAACUAUGUAUCAGGAGAUGUUAUCACUGUUGAUGGCGGCUGGAUGGGCCGGUAA